AUGUCCGUCGCAGGCUGGACCAUCAAAGUGCCCAAAAACACUCAAGUCGGAUUUCCCGCAGCUUGGGUCCCUUGGCCAGAUUUCUGCCGUGAUGUAGCGUUCAUGAAAGGGUUUGAAGUCACUGUCGUCGGCAACAACAUCCCAACCCACGGCCCCGUAGCAGGCCAAAUCUUCAUCUCCCAAUUCUCCACCUCCCUCGGGCGCGGCGCCAUAUCAUCCAUUUCCUUUGACGGAACAAUCCAACUCGCCAACGGGCCCAGGUUGCGCAUCAACGACCCCAACGCAAUCUACUCAGCAGGUUACACCUCCCACCCCUUCUGGACCGCAGACGAUGAAAACCCCAGCAUCUCUUCCUUCAGUGGGUUUCCGAUGUGCGUUCCCCGUAAUGCUUCCGACCCCUUAUGCCCGGGUAGCAAUCGCCCGACUUUAGGGGGCGGGAGUAAACAGGGUACUUUUACCGCGCCAGAUCCAAUGGUAAUGGCCCCCUUCGUCGUGGGCGAUUUCGUCGAAUACGCCGGCGUUUUUGCCAACGGGGAAAUGCUUGUGUAUGAAAUGGUAGCUACCAACGCGCAAAUCCUCACCCCUAGCACAUUUCCCCCGUUUAUUCGCAUGGAGGACGUCUUAAUAGGAGUCUUCUCCAACAACGCCAACGCUGAGGUCGCGCAAACGCGGUUUAUAGGGUACACCUCCGCCGCGUCGGGUACUUCUUCCCUAACCAUCCACGCCGUGACGGGGUUCGAUGUUUGCACGGGCAAUAUUACUACGAGACCUGUUUCCGGUGGGAGUUUGAUCGCUGGUCAGGUUAGGAAUAAAUUCCGGACGGGGAUAACGAGCGUAGCAGGGGAUGUAUAUGCUAGGGAGUAUGUGGUGAUGAGUACCGCUAGUCCAGUGAGGACCAAAAACGGGAUCUUAGCAGGCCAAUAUAUCCAGCCUGUGACGGAGUGGAUACAACCUGAGCUGACGACACCGGGACUACCGCCUAUUCCUAACGACUUUUCAGCGAUGGAACAUCUUGUUAAGGGACUCGGCAAGGAUGAGGACGGGCACAUAUGGGGACCGCUUGAUCCGUUCCCGCAGAGUGGUGUGACGUUGGGGGUGCCGGUCGUGCAGGACUGUCCCCCGCCCCCAGAACCAUCACCGACGACCCCCCGUGACGCCGCCGGGUGA